UCGCCAGUUGUUUCAUUUGCCGUUACAGCGGUCUCACUAUGGGUGGUUACGGCUGCCAGUGAAGUGUAUUUAUAUGCGAAGAACGGAACAGAACCAAUUGUUGGGACGGACUGUACAUGGAUUCACGUGAAAACCAUGCUCGGAUGCACGGUUGAUAAGAUUCGUGCAUCUUCAAAUGGCGCAUAUGUUUGGAUCUUUUCAAGUACUACUGGGCGUGCAUGGGCUCGGUCUUUUGUCAACGAUUCAUCCCGCUCUGGAAAAUCGUGGAUAGAGACGAGCAACGAUCCAGGUGUUUGCGAAUUGGCUGUUGGGUGUAAGGUAAUUUGGUCGCUUUCCUCCUCCGGUCAGCUUUAUAGGCUACAAGGCCUUGCAAUUGGUAACCCAGCUGGUAAUUACUGGAAACCGGUACCGAUAUUCCUAAAAACGAUAGCGGUCGACAGGAAAGACCGAUUAUGGGGUAUUGAUAUGGACAAACGAUUGAUUUUGCAAAUAUCCGCUUGA